CUCUCCAGACCAGCUCUCAGUAUCCAUUCAGACGCGCUGCGAAGAACACGCGGCAGCAGCUGGUCUCAACAUGGCUGAGGAACUUGCGCCCGUCUAUUUUGCCGUUGGCCCCAACGCCCGCGAGAUAACCUGCCCCUACUGCAAGGUGCUGGCCAGGACGCGUCUGGUGCGCUCCUGGCUGCACUGCUGCACCAAGCGUCACCAUUGCGGCGCCUGCGGCGAGUACCUGGGUGUCUACAGGCGACCCCAGCUCUGAUACCCUACAUCAUCUUCUGCACACUUUGUACUGUACAACAAUAAAGAACAGGCAUUAAA